CAACAGACUUUGUCAUGUUAUGUUUAUGUCAACUUGUUCAUUUUGCCUCCUAAACUAAAAACGGUGCUCUGCCUAUGACAUUUAUGUUCAAGUCCUGAAGAAUACAAUUUGGUUUAUCAUAUGAGGAAAGCAAUGAGAACUCGGUCAAGUUCUCCUCCAAUCCAUCUUCACAUCAGCGACUCCACCCCGGUCCACGUGCACGUGAAGAGCCAGAGGAGUCCUGCCAGCCAGCCUCAAGUCACACACCCACUGAUGCUGGAGAAGACCAACGUGGACAGGGGAAACCUCCGUCCUACAGCCAAGGUCAAAACUCGAGUUCCAUGGAUACCACCGGGAAAGGCUUCCAUACGGGACGCUUCAUACAAGUGGGAGGGUCCAACGCACCGCCUUGAGAUCCCCCCCCCUCUCCAUGAAGAGCCUGAACACUCCCAGUCUGCGCUGCGACUUGCUGACCUCACAUCAGAGGAAGAGGAGGGGCUGCACGGGCGGAUCAACCAGUAUGAGAGGAAGAUCGAGAGCUUACUGACUGAGGUCAGCUCUCUGAAGAUUGAGGUGGAGCUGCGGAAGAAGGAGCAGCUGCUGGAGCGUCAGUCGGAGCAGCUGAGUGUGUCCCAGCGGCUGAUGGAGGAGCAGGAGGAACAGCUGAGUGUCUCCCAGCGGGUGAUGGAGGAGCAGGAGGAGCAGCUGGAGGAGGUGAGCAAGGAGCUGCAGCACACUGAGAGAGAGAACUCACGACUGCGCCUGUCCAUGGAGAAGAUACUGGAGGAGAGCGACUACAACAGAGGGGACGGGGGCAGUCUGCAACAAGACAGAGCAGCUCUGCAAAGGACGCUGAUGGAGGCUGAGGGGGGGGGGGCAGCAGCGGCCCAGCAGCUCUCCUCCCUGAGAGACUCUGUUUCCAAACUGUGCUCUGCUGCUGGCACU